AUGGAGUACACCAAGCUCGCCGUCGUGCAGCAGCAGACCGGCGAGCAGUUCUCCACCUUCGGCGAGGGCGUGGAGACCUUCAAGCAGAUCAACAACCGCCCCGUGGAGCCCUCCGCGCAGCCCGCCGUGCAGACCAGGACCCAGUUCACCCCCAGGCCCGCGGUCCCGGCCGUCACCACCGCCACCUUCCAGCCGCCACAGCCCAUCCGCGCCGCCCCCGCCGCCCCCACGCCCAUCGAGUUCCCCAACGCCCUGCCCGCCCCCGCCGAGCAGCACGACGCGCAGGUGUUCACCCGCCGCCCCCUGACCGGCACCCCCAGCCAGGCCAUCCCCGUGGCUUUGCAGCAGCAGCGCGCACAGCCCCAGCAGCCCCAGCAGUCCCAGCAGUCCGCCGAGGCCCUGCGCGUGCAGCAGGAGAACGAGCGCCUGCAGGCCGAGACGCUGCGCAUCCAGCAGGAGAACCAGCGCAUCAAGGCGGAGAACCAGCGCAUCCAGCAGGAGAACCUCCGCUUCCGGCAGGAGACCCAGCAGAGCCAGCAGCAGCCCGACAGCCAGCGCUUCCAGCAGGCGCAGCACCAGAUCCAGGAGCAGUUCGUCUCGCAGCUGGACGAGCUCCCCCAGCAGGAGGUGGUGCGCACCGCCCCCGUCGUCGCCCAGCCCACCCGCUCUAGAGGCGCCACCCGCCGCCCCAUCGCCGUCCUCGACGCCGCCCCCAAGCCCGCCGCCCCCGUGAGGACCACCCCCAUCCGCGUGGUGAGCGCCGCCCCCGUGCGCGCCGAGGCCGCCGUCGCCGUGAACCCCGAGGAGGAGGCGCUGUUCGAGGAGCAGGCCAAGAACGCCCAGUACACGUUCGCGUCGUCCGUGGACGACAAGCUGACCGACAACUCCCAGCUGCGCCAGGAGACCCGCGACGGCCUCAACCUGGCGGGGCUCUACUCGUACUCGGACGGGUUCUUCCGGCGCACCGUGCACUACGAGGCCGACGAGAACGGCUACCGCGUCGUCAAGGAGGAGGUGGAGCCCAUCGGCGACGGCCCGCAGCUCAACCCCAACGGCGCCGCCGAGGUGCAGGCCCAGAUCUCCGGCCAGAACUUCGGCUACCGCAUCACCGCCGACGACAUCAAGGAGAGGAAGGAGACCGAGAAGGUGCCCGUGCAGCAGGGCAGGUUCCGCCAGGAGCAGGAGUUCAGCCGGUGAGGCGCCGCGUCGGCCAGCGCCUCCACUUCCACUUCCGGUCGCGACCGGAAGCGCCAAUAAGCCGCACUUCCCAGUGACAC